AUGCUCCAUCUUGACUCGGCCUCUUCCGCUACUGCGACAGUUAGUGCAUCCGAUUCCGAGACCCCGGCGUCGAACAAUUCCGAUAAAUCUCCGAAAACAGUGGCAUUAUGCGCGAUGUCGGCAAAUCUCGCCCGACCGCCGGUAGUCCUCGCCACUGCACGCGUGUUCGUCGGACCUCUCGCCGGUCGUCAAGUCGCUGCACGAGCAUUGAUUGACACCGGAGCGGAACUUACACUCGUUGCGGCUCAUUUAGCAAAAAAAUUAAAACUGCGUCGGUUCAUACUGCCUACCGCCUUGUCCGCCGUCGGCGGCCUUGACGCGGGCAUUCAUCGUUACGCCGCGCACAUUCAAAUCUCACCGAUCGACGGGAUCGAGCCGCCGGUCGUUACAACAGCGACGAUUUUAAGUUCGCUUGCUAGUUACUCGUCAGCGUCUAUUCAAUCUCCUCUUCAAUGGGAUCAUCUCGCGGAUCUCACUCUCGCAGAUCCAAAUUCUUCAAGUACAGAUCCCAUUGAUCUCAUAAUCGGCGCUGACAUCUACGCAGACAUAAUGCGAGAUGGCGUUCGCAGAGGAUCUCGCGGUCAGCCUAUUGCUCAAGAAACGAUCUUCGGCUGGAUUGUUCAAGGCCGCACGCCUCUGUCGAAUUCGUCUCGUCGGACCAUUACAGUGCAACAUUGUACGAUCGCGGAAUCCGUUUCACUUGAUAGCGAAUUGAGGAGAUUUUGGGAAAUCGAGGAAAUUCCGAGGCACACGAUACUCAGCCCGGAAGAGCAGAGAUGCGAGAAUCAUUUUUUAACUUCUCAUUCGCGCACUCCCGCCGGUCAGUACAUAGUUCGUCUGCCGUUCAAGAGUGGUCCUCCCUCGAUAUUGGUACCUCGCGCGAUGUAG